AUGGCUUUCCACACUCGCUCUAACAGCUUCCCUUCAAGGCCACACCCGAUCGUUCAAGAAGUUGAUGAACAUUUGUGUAGAUGGAGGUCUUCUGAGGCCACCUGUACAUCAUCAACAUCAAUCAGCCACAAACUAACUGGCCUUCAAGACUUGCAUAAUUAUGUUGAUAGGUUGCUUCAGUUGCCCCUCACUCAACAAGGCUUGGCCCAAGAGCAGAAUGAGAAAUCGACUAAUGAGCUAUUAGAUGGUUCUCUCAGGCUCUUGGAUGUUUGUAGCAGUACCAAGGAUGCCUUGUUGCAAACCAAGGAAUGCGUACAGGACCUUCAAUCGAUCAUGCGAAGAAGGCGAGGAGGUGAAUCUGAAGCACUCACAACUGAGGUCAGGAAAUACUUGACCUCAAGGAAGAUGGUUAAGAAGGCAAUCCACAAGGAUAUGGUAAAUCUAAAGGUAUCUAGUUUCUCAUCCCCUUGA